CGCACAUAAAAUAAAAUAAAGAGAAGAGAGCGAAAAUGGCAACAAAAUUGGAAAAAGACUAAAACUUUAUCAUAUUAUCUUCUCGUUGCGAUGGCUACUUGCUUACUCUCCCUCUCCUCCCCCACCACUUCCACAGCUACUCCUCAUCUGCGCCUCUUCUCUUCUCAUUUCAAGGGAAGUGUGAGAAAUCUGAGGGCGAGCCCAUCUCCGUUUCCUUCAAUAAACCUCUGCCACCACAAAGCGAAGCCACGGAAGCCGCUUCUUGUUCAGAAUUCCGCGGCCGUCCAGGAAACUUCUGGAAGCGUCGAGAAUGGUCGAUUCCGCCUCAAUAACUUGGGCCCGCAGCCGGGGUCCCGGAAGAAUGCAAAGAGAAAGGGGCGAGGGCACGCGGCCGGGCAGGGGGGCAGCUGCGGGUUCGGAAUGAGGGGUCAGAAAUCGAGGUCCGGUCCUGGCGUCAGGAGGGGAUUUGAGGGCGGCCAGAUGCCCCUCUAUCGAAGACUCCCCAAAUUGAGGGGAAUUGCUGGAGGCAUGCGUGCUGGAUUACCAAAGUAUGUACCAGUGAACUUGAAAGAUAUUGCAGAUGCUGGAUUUCAAGAAGGAGAAGAAGUUUCGUUGGAGUCCUUGAAGAAGAAAGGUCUCAUAAACCCAUCGGGAAGGGAAAGAAGACUUCCUCUCAAGAUCUUAGGUGAUGGGGACUUGAGUGUGAAACUCGACUUCAAGGCUCGAGCCUUUUCAGCUGCAGCAAAAGAGAAGAUAGAGGCGGCCGGUUGUUCAUUGACCGUUCUUCCUGGGCGAAAGAAAUGGGUGAAGCCAUCUGUAACGAAAAACCUUGCCCGUGCUGAAGAAUACUUCGCCAAGAAACGGGCAUCAGCUGACUGGACCGACUCGCCUUCGGCUUGAGCCUCAAUUUUCCCAGCAGCAUAAUAUAUGUAAAGCAACUCUUCAUUGUUGUAUGCUCAAAAUGUUACUUUGUUAGUCUUCUUUUUUUUUUUUUUGCAUUAAAUCCAAAUCCUGAGUAUUUGUUGAAUC